AUGGGGCAGCGGUCGGAAGUAGCUACACCUGACAAUAGUGAUGAGGAGAGCGGAGACGCUUUCACCGAUGGAGACUUUGGUGACUCCGAAGAAGAAACUAUCGUAGAACGCCAUACUGACGCUAAGCCUGCGCACAUGCCAAUCAACGAAACAGUGAAUGACGAUGUUCAGAACAAUGCUGCUACUAAUGGGCACUCUAAUGGUGGCGUCGAUGAGCAGCUCCGAAUGAAUGGUCGUAAAAACAGUGAAGCUCACUCAAGUGAUGUGGACAGCCAAAGCUUAGUGUUAUCAGAUUUGCGCAGAGACUCUCACGGCGAACUAAAUCCUUCGAUCGUUGGCAUUCUCGGCGAUCAGCAGAACCAUGCUGAACAAAGGUUGGCAGCGCGGCGGGCGGCGCGGGCGGAGGCGCGCGAGAUACGCAUGCGCGAGCUGGAGCGCCAGCAGCGCGAACAAGAGGACCAUGCAGACAAAGCGUAUGAUAUGUAUGCCGGGAAGACACCAGAGUCAGUGGGUCGCCGCGGGGGCACGCGGCUGGCGUCCCUCAGCCCGGCCGUGCACUCGCCUCGCCGCAGCUCCGAGGACUCCAUGGAUGAUGGGUUCAGCGUCAAAGAUCUUAGACACGAGUUGAAGGAAGUGGAGGAGAAGUUCCGUAAGGCGAUGAUCCUGAAUGCGCAGCUGGACAACGACAAGGCGGCGCUCGGCUACCAGCUCGAGCUGCUCAAGGACAGGAUAGAGGAGCUGCACGAGGAAUAUGCACAGUUACAGCGAGAGCACAGAGAGAAAUGCUCAUCAUUCGAGCGUUUGAAGCGGGAGCACGAGUCAGUGACUCGCGAGCUGGGCGCGGCGCGCGACGCAGUCCGGGCGCGGGACGCGGCGGCCGCGGCCGCGGGCUUCGCCUUCGUGGACGCCGCCUCGCUGGACGCGGGCGCGCGGGAGGCCGCGGGCGCGCCCGGGGCCGCCGUGGGCGCCGUGCCCGCGCUGGCACUGCUCACGCAGGCCGCGCAUCAACUCCUCGACACCGCUGGGGAGGGCACGCUCGACGUACGGUUGCAGAAGUUACUGAGUUCGAAGCAGGCGCUGGAGUCCGAGGUCCGCAAGCUGAAGCUGCAGCUCAAUGAGGAGCGUGCCGCCAGGCAGAACGGAGUCACCAACCAUCACGACCAGGAAUACGAGAAUGAACUGGAGACAGUGCGCAAGGCGGUGUCGGAGGCGAAGGGCCGCGCGGCGCGCGCCGAGGCGGAGGCCGCGCUGCAGGCCGCGCACGUGGCGCGCCUGGAGGCGCAGCUGGCCCGCCUGCGCGCGCGCCAGGACCACCAGGACGAGCACGAGGAGCAACUCAAGCAGGAGCGCCGCAAGCUGCAGCGAGAGGCUCGGGAAGCGCUCAACCGAGUUGAGGAGUUGGAGACUGAGAACAGCCACCUGACGAAGCGACUCGACAAGCUCAAGAACGCGAAGUCUGCCCUGCUGAAAGAUCUGUGA